UGUUUUUACCUGGGUGCUCAGGGAAAGAAUCACUGCCACAUUUUUCAGGUUGUUGGGGGGCCAUUCCUUGAAACUGAAGACUGAGAUUCUAGUGUUCUUGCUGGCUGCCCACUGGGGCUCACUCUGGGCUCCAGAGGCCGCCCUCACCGCAUGUCCCAUUCACAGGGCCUUCUGUAGCCCAGCUAUGUGGUGGUCAAGGCCUGCAGAAGAGUCUCUGCCUUACGUCUGUUAAGAUGAAGUCCUAACUGCUAGGAUGAAGAUGAAGUGACUGUCUCAUCACAUUCCUAGGUGCUGCCCACACUCCAGCGAGGGCAUUGUUCAGGGUUUCUUAUAAUCCAUGCUUUGAAUGUCCAGGCUGCUUUCAUUCUAAGAGCUUGUCCAGUGACUGGUGAUAAUAUCAGCUGUGGGCUAAAUAUCUGCUAAGUACAUUACAUAUUUGAAGAUAGCUCAUAUCUGCCAAAGGAUGUUGCAGGCAUCUCAUAAAACAGAAAUCUUUUGAAAUUUGGCCCGGUAUUCAAACGUCCGUGGAACGAAAAAAACUUUGUCCUAGCUUCAGCUUCCAGCUCUGAAGACAGACUUGUUCUUUUCAACGGUUUUCACAGAUCCGGUGACCCACGCUCUGAAGUUAGACUUAGCUAACUUUCAAAAACAUCUGGAAAAAUGAAGACAUGGUUAAAAAUUGUGUUCGGAGUUGCCAUCUCUGCUGUGCUUGCUCUAUUGGUGAUGUGCAUUGUCUUACGUCCUUCAAGAGUUCCUGACUCUGAAGGAAAUACAACAAGAACACUCACACUGAAGGAUAUUUUAAAUGGGACAUUUUCCUACAAAACAUUUUUUCCAAACUGGAUUUCAGGACAAGAAUAUCUUCAUCAAUCUACAGAUAAUAAUGUAGUAUAUUAUAACAUUGAAACAGGAGAAUCAUAUACCAUUUUGAGUAAUACCACCAUGAAAAGUGUGAAUGCUUCAGAUUAUGCCUUAUCACCUGAUCGGCAAUUUGCAUAUCUAGAGAGUGAUUAUUCAAAGCUUUGGAGAUACUCUUACACAGCAACAUAUCACAUCUAUGACCUCAGGAAUGGAGAAUUUUUAAGAAGUGAGCUUCCUCAUCCAAUUCAGUAUUUAUGCUGGUCGCCUGUUGGGAGUAAAUUAGCCUACGUCUAUCAAAACAAUAUCUAUUUGAAACAAAGACCAGAAGACCCACCUUUUCAAAUAACAUACAAUGGAAGAGAAAAUAAAAUAUUUAAUGGAAUCCCUGACUGGGUUUAUGAAGGCUGGAGCUAAGAAUCCUGUUGUUCGGUUAUUUAUUAUCGAUGCCACUUACCCCGAAUAUGUAGGUCCCAGAGAAGUGCCAGUUCCAACGAUGAUAGCCUCCAGGUAAC